AAGCAAAGCCUCGAUCGAUGCAUUGAAUGACGACAGCAACCGUCGUAGCCCAGCAGAGUGAGAACUUUGGACGGUUCCCUGCAGCAAGCUGCAGCAGCAGUGCCAGCACCACGGCUUCGACCGUCGCAGCACCCGGGACGCAGCUCAGGAUGAACGACACGCAUCAACCGCAACCGUUGCACACGAGCGAUACUAGCCCCCGGGACCAAACCACCAACGGCACGACCAGCACGGGCGGUGGACUGGCCGUGGCCAACCUAGCGCUGCACAGUGGCGCCUCGGGCGCCCUCAACGCAAACUCGAACGGCAGCACCACCAGCAACGGGUCCGGCACGAACAACAACAACAACAACGGUACCAGCAAAAACCGCACCAUGUCGCUGAGCGACGGUAAAAUCGAUCACCUGCUGCGGGAUCAGCAGCGCGAACAGCAACGAGAGCAGCAUCAGUCAUCGCACCAUCAGCAAUCCUCACAGCAGCACCACCAGCAACAUCCACUACAGAACCGGCUGCGCGGUGUGUCACCAACGCCGUCAGAACAGCAGUACGCCCUCAAAUGGAACGAUUUCCAGUCGUCGAUACUGUCCUCCUUCCGGCAUCUGCGCGACGAGGAAGAUUUCGUCGAUGUGACCAUUGCCUGCGAUUCGCGAUCCUUCACGGCACACAAGGUGGUGCUAAGCGCGUGUAGUCCCUACUUUCGCAAGCUACUGAAAGCGAAUCCCUGCGAGCACCCGAUUGUCAUCCUGCGUGAUGUACGCUCGGAGGACAUCGAAAAUUUGCUGCGAUUUAUGUACAACGGUGAGGUACACAUCGGCCAGGAUCAAUUAAGCGAUUUCCUCAAAACGGCCCAGUUGCUGCAAGUGCGCGGUCUGGCAGAUGUUACAACCGGCAACCCAACCGGCGGACGAACGUCGGCCAACUCGUCCAUGCUGAACUCAUCAUUAUCGACACCUGCCGUACAGGAACUGAAGGCAUCACCCACCUCCACCUCGUUACCAUGGGAGCUGCCGGAUGACAACAACCCAGCACCACCACCCCAGAAGCGUACCAAGAGCUCAGAACUGUACCGCAAACAGCACGGACUCAGUCCGGACGAUCCAAUCCCGCUCGAUCUGCUACCGAUUGGGCAGCAUCCGCUAACGCGCGAGCGUGAUCGCUCCAAGGACAAGAGCAAGGACCAUCACCAUCGCGGUUCCUCCGAACAUGACCUGCACCAUCACCAUCACCAUCGCGAACGGGACCGAAGCUUGGAGUUGCGUGAAUCCCUACUCGGCCAAGCGCUUGAAGGAGGACCCACACUAACCGUACCUUCGAAACAUCCCGAUCUGCUUUCGCUCCAGGCCGCGGCCAGUGGUGAAGAUUCGAACAGCAGUGAUACCGCUGCCUCCGACCAUGGUGAUGAUAUCGAGGGUCUAAAUGGCAACAUCGAACACACCCGACCAUCGUUCCCGUUCCUAGGUUUGCAGGGCAUCCCCGGACUAAUACCGGGACCGUCCGGCAUGCAUGGUGACAACUUCGAUGCGCGGCAACACUGCGACGCGUUGAUAAAGGAGGAGAUCGAUGAAACGCAGCGCAAUGAUGCGCCCCACCGGGCGACACAUCAUCUGGAGGAUCGGGCAGCCGGAAGGCGGCGGCGAGAACUCGAACAGAAUGGGCUAGAUUGUUCGAGUACCGGUGCCGGUCGGCAUCAGCAGCAGCGUCGGUUUGCGAAGCGAUUCAAGCGUCAUCACAAUGUGGCCUCACCGUCCGUGUCGAUGCGAUCGGACGAAACGUUCGAGGAGCAGACGGAUGAGCAGCGUGGUCAGCGAUCGUACAUGAACGGUCCCUCAGUGCUCGAUGAUGUGCGGGAGGCGCUCGCUUUGCGGCGGUCAACCACAGCAAACAACACCGAAGUGCCAGCUCGGCAAAAGCCGACCUACAACGCGAACAGUGAUGAAGACGAGGACGAAGAAGGAGUUAUUGGUGAGCGACGAGUGCCGGGCGCCAAUCACACGCAACCUGAGCAUGGUGGAAUCAGGACACCUCUGCGCGAUGAAGAGGAGGAUGAGGAUGACGAUGGUGGAGAUGGUAGCGAAGAUAACGAGCUGGAUCUGAAGGUCGAUGGAAGGCUUUCGGCCAUUGCGACCACACUCGACAGCGAGUAUCACAAGCGAAUGGCAGCUGCCGGUGUACUUGCGGCAGCUGCUGCCGCUAGUGCCAGUGCACUCGGUGAUGCGGGCAGUGAACAGGCGGCAGCUGAUUUCUUCGCCGCGCACCAUAAGGCAGGUACACACGAGCUUGCCCUUAAGCAACACUUCCUCAACGAAAAGGUCCGUCUGCAGGCACUGCUACAGCGGCAAGCUCAACAGCAGCAUCAGCACCAUCAAAAGUUGGCCGGAUUUCUGUUAUCCACGGCCAGUACGCCACCAACACCUACCCUCACACCAACCAAUGUGCUCAAUCUCGGCCAAACGGGCAACUCCGACCAUCAGCGUGGAGGAUCAGCAUCACCCGCAACUACAACCGGUGGGAGAUCGUCGGUAACAGGCAACGACUCGGGGAACGGUGGCAAAUCCACCAAGCAACAGUCACAGCAAGCCUGCAACUCUUCACCCUCGCCGGCGGCCGUUGCUGCGGCAGCCGCGGCCGCUGAUCGUUUGUUUGCCGCCGCUUACAGUAGCAACGCAGGUAGCUCUAGUGCUGGUGGCGGCUCUGCUAACUCUGCAGCUGCUAACGUUGGAACGGGUAAUGCGGGAAACGGACAGGUGUAUCUACUUCCCUGCCCGCUGUGUGAAGUCCCACUAGAACCUCGUGUUUUCCGACAACAUCUCGAUAGGCACUAUCCGCGCGACAGUCCAGUCUGUCCGGUGAUUCAAUGUGGACGACGCUUUGCUCACCCGAACUCGGUUCGCAACCAUAUGCGGCUGAAGCACACGAACCAGUGGGCACAGAUGAAGGCGAUGCGUUCUUCGGGCGGUCCAUUCACUGGGAUGCCUUGAGAGUA